AUGGCCACCUAUACCCAACGCGACGAAUCUAGCUCAUUGGUAGCAAGACAUAAACGAAGGGGUGUCGCCCUUUCUUGUGCCGAAUGUCGGAGGUUAAAACUCAAAUGCAGUCGCGUCUUUCCUUGCAGCAAUUGCGUCAAGAAAGGCUGCUCGGCCAUAUGUCCUGAUAAUUCCCUCACAACUGGCAAAGGCAAUAGAUUUGUGCUUGCAAACACUGAGGUUCUCCACGAAAAGAUCAACAUUCUUUCCAACCGCGUGCGACAUCUGGAAGACGCACUUUCUCAAUCACACGCACUGCAUUCGAACCACAUCCAUCCUUUACUGACAGAGGAGCUUCUCCAAAUAAAACGGCCUCUAGAACGUGAACGAACAGACCAGCCCAGUACCACGGACGAGAAGUCUGAACCAGGCGAAACUAUCGACGCACUAGGUUCUUUGUCUAUCUCCAACGGCGGCAAGGCUAGUUUUUACGGGCCAGCGGCAAGUUCAUGGCACCUCCUCCAGAAUGAGGUUACGUCAGACAGUGAAGAAGAGAUCCUCUCCCCACCCGAGCAAUCACCAAUGCCGAUCGACGUCCCGUGGCUCAGUUACGCUUUCCCCUUUACCUCCGCCGUCAACAAGACUGCAGAAGGAGUCCAGGGAUCGAUCGUCAGUCUGCUCCCACCAGCCGCUCUUGCCAGAAAACUUUGUGACAUCUAUUACCGCCACGCGGCCUGGAUGUACACACCAAUAUCACAGCAGGAUUUUUCCGACACCGUUUUUCGGCCGGUUUAUGAUGAAGAAAGCGUCCCUGAGACGGUGGAUUCACACAGCCUCGCUAUCCUCUUUAUGGUCCUUGCGCUCGGGGCACUUUUGGACCUUGAAACGCCCGCCCACAACCCGGAAGCAAUACAUUAUUACCAGCUUGCACGAGCGGCCUUGGCGCUGAAAUCUGUUCUCGAUGAUCAGACAAUUCCCGCUAUCCAGGCAUUACUUCUCAUGUGCCAUUUUAUGUUUUUGUCUGAUAUGGGUGGGCCCAGAUGGGUGACCAUGGGAAUAAUCGUGAAAUUGGCACAUAGUAUCGGGCUUCACCGCGACAGCGGAAAAUGGAAAUUGGAUGUCCAAGAGACCCAAAAACGACGGGAGCUGUUUUACGAGCUCCUCACCUAUGACUCUUGGCAGAGCUUAACAUUCGGGCGGCCGCCGUCAUUGUCCUCAGCGCAUAUUGAUAGCAGUCUACCGCAUCCAAUGUCAACUACUGCAUCUGGAGAAGUUGAGAUGAGCUUCGCGGCCUGGAAACACAGGUUCUCGUCUCAGUGUUUAAGCGUCGUACACGAUCAAGCUUUUGGCUCGCGAACACCAAAUUACAAGGUUAUCCAAGAGCUGGACAAAAAGGUCCGAACUUGGUACAUCCCACCUAGCCUGCAAGUCCCCGGCUUUGGAAACACCAAGAUGGGCGUAGAUGUGGAGCAGCCUUCUGUUGAACUUACCAUGCAGCGAUACAUUGCCUUUGCCAUCAAGGAGAUCAGUAAGCCUUUGCUUCAUGGAGUUAUCUUAUCGGAUCUGCUUCUAAAUUUGUCUUUUUUGUCAGCUCUGUUCUAUAUGCAUCGUGGUUUCUUCGCCCAAGCGCUAGAAGACAAUCCCGGUGAUCCUAUGGGAAGCAAAUACUCACAAUCGGUGUUGGCGGCAUAUACAAGCGCCACUUCGUUCGUCGGCUUGAUUGAGAGUUUAUUCAAGCAACAUCCUGCGUUGACUGAACGGAUGUGGUUCUUGUUUACACACGUAUUUUCAUGUGCUAUUGUCCUCGGUUCGAUAGCUGUGAAGUCGGGUAUGGCUCUGGCACCAUCCGCGCUUUCACAUCUGGAUUCUGCUUACAACCUCUUUGCUCGAGUUUCUGACCAUACCAGAACAGGAAAGAUUUUGCCUAUUCUGCAGAAACUAAGAGAGCGUGCACGUUCGACACUCUCGAGCGCUCAUCAAUCUCUCCCAUCCGAGACGGCAACGCGGCUAUCAUUCUUUGGCCCCAAGGUCAAAAGCGAGGUUGACGAACUUUCGGCUUUGGGAGGCAUGACGAGGCUGGUUGCCCGACGAUCGCCUUCUUCACCAUUAUAUACGGCGCCCAGCCCCAACCCCCGGAACUCACGCACGCCUCCUCCUUUGAAGGAGUCAAACUCAUACCCCGCUCCGCCAGUGGAUAAUACAAACUCAUGGCAGAAUUAUACCCACAUCCAGAACUUUAACGUCAAUAUCAACGUUGGCGACCCAUAUGCGUCGGCAUACCCUGUCACAACGCCGACGCCGCAGCAUCAGGACAUGCCGCUCAUAUACCCCCAUCAUCAACUGCAGUCACAGACACAACAACAGCAUCAGUAUCACCACCAGCAAGGAGGAGGCCUACCUUUGGAGGUUACAGGCCCAGAAUAUUAUGGAUACGCCUUGUCGAACGGAUAUCCGACAUCUAGCAUGCACCACCAGAUGAUAUCGUCACCAGAGGUUACGACGCCCCCUCAUGACCUUCAUGAUUCAUGGCACAAUUUUAUGGCCCAAUAUGGCAAACAAAUGUAG